AUGUCGGAAGAUAAGCCAGCCCUCCUUGAGGCCCUGUUUCAUCACCUCGUACUCCCACCCAAACUACCGCGAAGUUUUGACGGAGACAACAACGCGCUGAAGAGAAGCCUUGAGAUAAGGCUGCUAGAUGCUUUGGACACCUUCCGCGAUGUUGGUGACCCAAAUGUUUGGCAGACUCUCGAGGCAUCUUUGCAGGCCACGCAGAACUUGCACAGUAGCGCUCUCAUUCAACAUGACAUCUUACGUGCGCUGGAGAACGUACACCGCUCUGACGGUGCUGUUUGGCUUUCUAUACACGUUGAGGCACAAAAUUCUGCUUUAAUCUUUCACGCCGACGACAGGCAAGUAGCCAAAUAUUCACUCUACUCAUUCGUCACUGCGGCACCGGUCGCAGAUGUUCUCAAGACGGAGAAUGCACUCACUUGGGACUUCCCCAGCAGAGCCACCUCAAUCCCAUUCAACGACUUCAGCAAUGAAUCCUUCCUCGACAAUUUGACACGCUUCCUCGAAGAAGCCAGUUCGACCUCUUUCAGCAAAUUUUCGGCGACCGCCUCGAAGGGCGGAAAAUCCGUGGUGGAGAUUCGCGAUUGCCCUAGCUCCGCCCUCAUCGGCGGAAUCCUCAUGUCACUCCUCGAAGCAAUCGGAACCUCAGUACACCCACCACAGCUACGCAAGCGGAUUCGCGAUGAUAUCGUGUUGGACAAAUCCGAACUGCCUUGGAGACGUUCACCAUAUUGGCUUGUUCUGCGUGUUACCCUCGGGCGAUUGCUUUCCGCCCUUGCGGGCGGAACUCAUGAGUCAAUCGGCCGCGUCUACUACAAGUUCAUCAUUUGCACAGUCCUGGCUGAUCUUCUCAAAGACUGUGCUGGCACCAUCCAGCCAGAAAUGGCGGUCAUGCUGCAGGCCAAAUUAUCCCGUCGCCUUGCCAAACUCGAGUCAGAGAAGAAUGCUGCCUCGGGGCCUUUGCGACAGACAUACGACGAUUUUUUCACCCACAGCAGUGUCCACUUCCACACCAUCUUGACCAACGCCAACUCUCAAGUCACUCGUUCAUGGGAAGAUCACAAACAGAUUAUCGUCCGCCGCAUCCCUGUUCUUCCUUACCGUGCUUCUGAGAAGGAUCUUGUUCUGGAUUUGCCUAACAGCCUUAAGGUCUUCCAACAACUCUUGUCCCGGAAAAUUGACCCUGCGAGGCGCCAGGUGUCUGUGGAUCCCCAAUUAUUGAACGAAGGGACGGUUUCUCAGGUUAAUGAGUUUGCCCACAAGUACAGUGCACUAGUCAAUCUUGAGGAUAGAAUGACUACCAGUCUCAGCUCCCAGUCCUCUUCUGAACAAACAUGCGAAGAACUCGCUCUCAACAUUCAACUCUUCAUUUCGAAAGUUGGAGGAGCUUACGAAAACAACCCACUGCUCAUGAGUCGUUACCUGCUCCGACUCUUUGAACUGUGGACGUGCAUGGACAAAGAAGCCAUCAAAGUCUGUCCACUGCUGAAGGAGUAUCAUCCAAUUUUUGUUCCUAGCUCGUUGGAUGUGCUCUGUUUGCAGACCAGACAAGAAUUUGCGCGCCUCAGCGAGGUUCAAGAGUACCUUACCUCUCGCAUCUGCGCCCUCAAACCGCAUCACCUAACGAUUUUCGACAAUUCUAGCAAACUUGACUCGUUCGCUCACAAGUUUGUUUACUGUACAGGGAUGGGAAAGGAACUUGUAACUUUGGGUGAGCAAAUCGAUGUAAAGUCGCAGGAGUCGAAGUCAAGCAAGCAAUCUGAGCUUGCUGCGAUGACCGAGACGUAUAACAAUCUUACACAGUCAUUACAGGGUAUGACAUGUACCUGUACCCGGCUUCCCAACGGAAAAAAACAGAAUAAGGUCUGUAACAGGUGCCAGAAGUUGCGGCACCGAAAGAAACUCAAGAUAAAUGCCCAUGAAGAUCUAAUUCCCAUCACCACCAAAGCCAAAAAAGCUCAAAGAGCGACGAUCCUUUUCCAAUUAAGCAUGCCAAGCUAUCUUUCCGCCUACCGCACAGCCGUCUGGGGGUUACGUUUGCUGGGUACUCCAGCACCGCUUACCAGUAAAGGUGAUCCCAAGCUGCUAUUCAACGACCUUAAUGGUCUUCAAAAGUUCGCCAAAGGUCGAAGUGGUAUAACUUUAGCAUCACGCAAAAAGUCUUUUACUCAGACGCACUACGGAAAAAUGCGACUACCAAAGAGUCUUUCCGAAAUAAUCUUCCCAUUUGGAGCCGAAUUCACCUGCUACGACAGUUCAUCAGGUAUCUGGGCUGACCAACUUCCGCACGUUCCAUGGUUCGAGUAUCUCAUGGGCUCCUGGUUGCCGAGAGGAAUUCCAGAUCCAUACGCGUCUGGCGAGAGCUUCUCACAAGAUGAUUCAUACCAUCCCUCUUCCUACGAGAUUGUCGCGAACAAAUUUGGCUGCCCCCCAGAGCUAUCAGUACACGAGUAUUCCGCCAUUCAACGAGUCGUAUCCGCAAGAGGUAGACGUUGGUUGAUCCUCCUCGUUGAGUUGGGAACCACGAAUUUUAACUUCAGCAGCGAAUCUACCAUGAGGCUGCUCAACCACCUCGCAGUACAGGCUGGCCCAGCGGUUCGAGAAAGUGGCGUCUUGCGUGAGGUACAUAGCCUAUUCGAUGAUGGAGCUUUCUGUGCGACACUGUUCGAACUUCUUCGAGGUCGACUAAACGCCAUCACAUCAAGCUGGCGGGAGGUACAUUAUAUGAAUUUACUCGUGACACUCAGUGUGCAGCUUUAUCAGCUUUCCUAUGGCAAGUCCCGAUCUAAUGCAGAAACUCUACUUGUUACCAUUCGGUCGAUUACUUGUGGAUGGAUUGCCCAUCUGCGAAACGAAAUCAGGUCCGCUUCUGAGGGUGAGGUCGCAAGCAGGGCUGCAACUUUUGCCUUUUGGGCCGCCUUACUUAAUCGUCGAACAUUCUGGGUCUACGCAAGACACGUACACGAACUCAACGAUGAUGACGCUCGCAGUUUCUUCAGAGCUUCCAUCGCCCUCCAGGAGAAUCUACUGGCCGAUAUCAAUCAGCUGGAUCCGAUACUGCGUGGUUUACUUAUCGACGACCUAUCCAAUUCGCAUUCAAUGCGACAAGUGAUCGAAGAGUGGUUCAGAAGAAGUUACAAGUUGUUGGAAAGUUCCAUAAACGAGACAUGGACCGAAUCAGGAGCGGGUAGUGUAAGGUCAUACUCCAAGUGGAAAAGCCUCGCUGGCCUCCAAUCUGGGUGGGUGUCAUCACGGGUUGCAGGAACAAAAUGGACAUCGUGUCAGAUUGUGCAUUACCACUUUCUCCAAGGGCACCUCAUCAUUGACGGAAAGCCAUUGGGAAAGCUACCUCUUCAGAUGACACAGGACCCAGUUGUCCAGGAACUCUUCGGAUCACAACAUCUCCUGACCCGUCCCUCAGGUCUUCUCGAAUAUCAACUUGUCAAUGACAUUAUGGGACAUCAAGUGCAUCUUGGCCUCAGAGAUGGCGAGGUCGUGAUCCAGGCACUCUAUCGAAACUCCCUGCUUGAAUACGUCCCACGAGACAUCUUCAAAGGUAGUGGCGGAUACGAUGUACCAAAAGAUCUUGUCGACAAUUGUGUGCAUUGGUUGAAUCUUGGUACCGGGAAACUUGAGAUGCGUCGGAAACCAUGGAUUUGGAAAUCGAAACAAUCGAAUUGGAUCCUCAAUACCCGGAAUCGCGUAGCUAUCCGCAAUAAAGGGACCAAGCUCGUUGAGCCAAGUUCAAAGCUGGGUCAGCAGAUCACAAGCAUCUUUCAACAUUUUGAAGAUGCAGACAAAUUGACAAUCUAUCAACCACUUGGACGAGGACGAUUGUCCGUUGAGAUGAAACGACUCGAAAUUCGGUUAUCAGUCAAUCACAAAGGGCUGUUACAAUGUCCACAACUCACAGCUGAGAUUGACCCUAAUCAGGAUGCAGGCACCCUCUACGGGCUUUCAAGUCAGAUAAUCUUGAGGAAUGUCGUCAAUGAGGAAAGAAGAACAGUUCUUAUCCCGAUCGGUGACAUUUACUGGCAGCGUCGGGGAGUCCACGUGGAUGUUAGGAUCAUCAAUGAGGGGAUGUAUGCCAGCUUUUCGAUCGACAAGGUACUAGGUCGUUUGGACUGCCCCCCAGAGCCACUUUUGCUCUAUCUCAAAGCUGCUGUCCAUGCCCUAACAUCGUUCCCUCUUCCCGACCGUCUGACGCUUCGUACUGGAACGGAAGAAGCUCGACACUCUCUCAUGGCAGCCCGAAGCCAACCUUGGAGCCCACUGAAAGACUUCCCGCAACGUAUCCUCUCUGUGCUCAAGUCUCUCUCUCCUCAGCGAUACGCUUACCCACCAGGUAUAGGUCUUUACCAGAAGGUAAAGUGGGACAGCAACCUGACGAUGUGGAUUCAGCAUGAGGAGUUUACUUCUCUCGUUGACUCCAUUCUCUUACAAUCACAACAACUCGAGCGCGUGAGCCACAAGAGCAAGACGGAUGAGAACAUUUUAUCACAGCAGGCUUCCCAGAAAUUACUGUGUCGUCGUGGACGAAUCCGCAGACAACUCUAUGAACGCAUUUCUUUCCCUUCCGACAUUGACGUUCUCACAAGCUCCUCGAAACCUUUUCCUUACGUUCCCAACAAAGAUGCAAGGGCGAAGUACGACGGAGAUCGUGUGUACCAGACAGUCUGUGCAUUAAAAGCCAAUUUGUAUAAUAUACCUAAACUGGGUCGCCUGUCAACAGUUGUGUAUGAAUUGAACAGCAUUGGGGGCUUCGAAGACACAUUGACUGUUACUGAUAUCGAACUUCUUCUUGGUGAGACUAUUCUCUACCUCUUGGGGUCCCUUCUGCAAUUCAGUCGCAGAGAUGGUCAUCCACAAUCCUACGACGCUCAUUUUUUGCUUGCUGUGUUGGCUUUCAACGGAAACGUUGAUCUCGAUGUCAUCCAAUGGUUGGUUACUAUUCACAGGACUGCUGAGCUCAGGAAACUCCAACCUCCUGGGCAUUUAUAUUUCACUGACUUCCACCCCUCUGUGGAUCCAUCGAUGGACAACAUGAAGGCACUCAUCCUGAAAAACCAACCAUCUUACACCGACUACUGCAUAGUUGGAAAGGCCGAUGUGCGUAAAAGGACCAAAUUGGAUGCUUUUGACUACAAAAGGAAGCAGAUGGAUGAAGCCAUUAGCCUUGCAGGCCGGGUUAUUAGCGCUUGGCCUCUCCAUUCUGACGCACCCUCUACGCUCCAGGAUUUAAUCACCGAUUCCAACCAUCAAUACAUCGACUCCGUCGAGUCUUGGAAGAGUUUAAAGCCAGAACUUGAAAGAAUAUCACACAAUCUCCAGCUUUCAGCGUACCUUGAACAGAUUGAGGAUACAGCAUCGCGUCUCUACCAGCAGCAGUCUACCGAACAGAAGGCGUCAGCGGAGAAUAUGUGGUUCUUAAAACCAUAUCCCUUGCCAAUUCCACAAUUGUUCCAGUUCUAUUCAGCAUACAGAGUACCAAGUCUUGGAGAAGACCUUGUGAAGCUUCCACAUCAACCAAGUAAUGCGUUCAGGACUUCCCACAUAAUCGAAACAAAAUCUCACAACGCUACUGGUCGACUUCCAGCCGGCCAAGACGGAAGUAUCUCCACAACAGUGCCGACUUUACCUGAUAGUCUGUCAGUCCUCGAUCAGAUAGUCAAGAGGUUUUCUAAGUCAUCAGAGACGAGUCUGCGAAAGCAAUACAGUAAGGACCUCCAGAUAUCGCUCACGGCCCUGAUCCAAGACCACAUCAAAGCCUUCAACAAGACCAAGCGGAUCAUCCGUGCAGCGGAUAUCGAAAAGUACAUUAUUUCAGCUUACGAGGAAUUGAGCCAGUGGGAUGAUAAUCUUCGGAUCUCGCUUUCGAAGCAGUUUACAGGUUCUAAGUGGUUGAACGAAGGAGGGCUUUGGCCCUGUAUGUCUCCCGUCGCAAUGUUGGAGCAGUUGCGAAACACCAAAAACGGCAAGCUUAGUCCUGAAAUGAAGGCUGAGUUGGUUCGAUAUGGAAUUCUCAUUACAAAGCUACAGCGAUGCCUUCGCAUCCGCGAUGCCACCCUGUGCGAAGAUGACAGGCGUCUGCGCGAGAAUGAAGAACUACAGGCACACUCGAACUGGAACCCCCAUGAACAUCCGGAGUGGCUUCUUUUGGAGAUUGACAACAACUUGCUCAUUCGUCCGUCCCAAAUUGACGUUGCUAGAGCUAUCAUAUCUCCAUCGUCUGCUUCCAACUCUGUGCUCCAAAUGAACAUGGGACAAGGAAAAACCUCGUGUAUUAUCCCGAUGGCCGUUGCCAUGCUUGCCGACCGUAAGGAUUUAUGCCGACUAGUCGUUCCCCGAGCUCUUCUCUUGCAGACCGCCCAGGUUGUCCAAAGUCGAAUUGGUGGACUGCUCGGUCGCGUUGUUCGCCACGUUCCCUUUUCGCGCCGUUCGCCUAUGGGACUUGAGAGCAUCAGUCUUUAUCAGAUGAUCCACAAACAUAUCCGCGAUACGGGUGGCGUCAUGAUAUGUCUUCCCGAGCACAUCAUGUCAUUCAAGCUGAGUGGACUUCAGCAAUUGGUCGACGGUGAACUGAAGCGGGCCAAGAGGAUGACAGACGUCCAACGAUGGUUAGAGGCAAACAGUCGUGAUGUUCUUGAUGAAUCCGACUUUACACUAUCAACGAAGACACAACUGAUAUACCCCAGCGGUCUACCUAUGGCGGUCGACGGCCAUCCUAAGCGCUGGCUUGUCAUCGAAGGGCUCCUGUCGCUUGUUGAAGGACACAUUCCCUACCUGCAGUCAAGGUACGGUGAUGGUAUCGACAUCAUGCGACGUCAUCAAGGCUAUCCGAUCAUGCACAUUCUGCGUCCAAAAGUCGAGGACACCCUUAUCUUUCUUCUCAUAGAGGAUGUAUCACGGGGCCGUCUUCCGCAGUUACAGUUCAAGAACGCGGCCGAUAUCAAAGCUCAACAACACGUCCGAUCGGUUGUGAUGGGCAUGACUGACCUGUCGAUUUGUCAACGAGCUGCGGAGUUUCUGACUGAUGAAGUCUUCGGCAUGCAGAGCCUUUACCUUCUCAAAGGUCUCAUUUCGGAAGGUCUACUAUUGACCUGUUUGAAAAAGCGAUGGAACGUCCAGUAUGGUCUGCACCCUCAGCGCGCUCCAAUUGCGGUUCCUUUCGAAGCGAAGGAUGUUCCCUCGUUGACGGCAGAGUACGGCCACCCUGACACAACUCUGAUAUUGACCUGUCUAGCGUUUUAUCAGACAGGCCUGACCCAGACCCAGAUGGUCCAGUGUUUGGAUCAUAUCAUCCGCUCCGAUGAUCCCACUAUGCAGUAUGAGCGUUUAAUUCAUGGGUGCAAGCUACCAGCCCGCCUUGAGUGCUGGAACUUUCUCACACUGGAUGACGACGCACAGAUGGAGGAUCUUUGGAAGCAUGUGAGGUUCGACACAAACAUCAUCAACUACUUUCUGAACAAUUUCGCUUUUCCAGCGCAUGCAAAGCAGUUUGGAGUCAAGCUUCAGGCUUCCGGUUGGGACAUCCCACUGCUUUCGAACGACAAAGGCCCAUCGACCAACUUGACAACGGGCUUCAGCGGAACCAACGACAAUAAGAGACUACUUCCUCAGACAAUCAAGCAAGAUGACUUGCCUAGUCUGGUACAGACGAAUGCAGAGGUCCUCAGUUACUUGCUGGAAGAACGAAACCAGCGAUGCUAUCAAGCGAUUGACAUGAAUGGACAACACCUCACUGAGAGAGGUCUCUUGGCGCUUCUCGGUCGGGAGGAAAUCCGUAUUUUGAUUGACGCAGGAGCUUGUAUUCUAGAAAUGGAAAACAAAGAUCUUGCUGCAGCCUGGCUCGAGAUCUUUCCCGACGCUCAAGGAGCUGUCUACUUUGGCAACGAUAGCAGACUCAUGGUUCACGCCCGUUUCCAGAAGCAGCCUGUACCACUCCUCGCAAGUCCAUUUGCGGACAAUCUCAAAGAUUGUGUUGUGUACAUUGAUGAGGCGCACACCCGCGGUACGGAUUUGAAGUUGCCUGUUGACGCUAAGGGAGCCGUUACACUCGGUCUGGGUCAAACAAAGGACCAGACAGUUCAAGCCGCCAUGAGACUUCGACAACUCAGAUCGACUCAAUCAGUGGCUUUCAUCGCGCCCCCAGAGGUUCAUCGAAGUAUCCUCGACUUGCGACUGAACGUCGAAAAUAAGUUCGCCCCGGUCACAUCUACCGAUGUGAUCUACUGGCUACUCGAGCAAAGCUGCAAAGCAAACGAAAAGAUGAUGCCCCUCUAUAUAGCCCAGGGUUUCGACUUUUGCCAGCGCACAAACGCAUUGUGGAAGUAUCGAAACUUCUCCCAGGAUCCAGCAAAGAGAUAUAAACUCCUUAGUCAAAUACAGCAGCGCGAGGACCAAACUCUGGAACAGCUGUAUGGCCCCAGAGGCAUUAUCCCCACCACGGAGGUCAUGGAAAACCUCGACUUCGGGUGCUUAAAGGGCUUCACGACCCGCUUGUGUGAAGAAAAGCUGGAUCAAUCCGGAGGCUAUUCUUCUGCGUUCGAGGAGCUGGAGUUGGAGCGAGAGGUUGAGUUCGAGUUUGAGCAGCUUCGGGACAAACAGAAGCCUGUCAAGUAUAACGCCGAUACUUUCCCUGGUCUUGACCCAGCCAUUACCCAUUUUGUCGCUACCGGAUACCUCACAGGAUAUGGAAUAUUUAUCCCAGCUUUCGAAUUUCUAGGUGGUACCAAGAUAGGACGCAAGUUUGGGUUGAGAGGGGCAUCGUCCAGGCUGUUUGUUUCACAGCAGUUCACCAGGAGCAUCGCAAGCAAAGGCCAUGCUGUAGCCGUCGAAGUCAUGCGGCCCGUCGAAUGGAUCCUCUGGUGUUCAAAAACCGAGACAGCUGUCAUUAUCAUUCCAGAAGAAGCUGAACUCCUUCUCACGAUGCUACGCGACUCGCCCAACAUUUCUGUAUCACUGUUGACCUACGCUGCGCCCGUCACAAGGGCAAUGUGGCGAUUCAAUACGCUAGAUUAUUUCACGAUCCCAAGUCGAGACACUACUCCAGUGUUUCCUCCAUGGCUCGCAAUUGAGAUCGGCGUCCUGGCCGGGCGGUUAUACUUCGACUACAGCGAGUACGCGGAUCUGGUCUCAUGGCUAGGUAUUAGCCAAGAUGAAAUGCCGAGACCCAUUCCGAAGGCGUCCCAACUAGAGACGCGUCGCGUCACGCGAGGUCUUUUCGUUGACCAAACACUUAAAUUUCUCCUGGAAUGGCUUACCUACCGACGCCAAACGCAGGACAUUAUGCACACACCAAUGGGCUUUUUGUGUCAGGGGAAGAAACUCGAGCCUGGACUUUCUUUCUUUUCGUUUACUACAGCUUCCCAAGAGGAACACGAAACGCGUCGCGCUAUUGAAGGACACGUUGUGGCGAAAUUGGAUGAAGGGGUUAGCGAUGAUGACGGUGACUGGGAUGACGGUGACGAAUUGAUGAUCCCUGAGGGUGAACAAAUGGAGGGUGGAUUGGACACCGAUAUGUGA